AUGUCGUCAAACAGUAUAGAUAACAUUGAUAGUGAUAUUUUUUUGUCUAUGUCAUCCAGUGAUGAUAGUUUCCACAGUACAUCAUUCCUUCCACUUAAUGUUUCCCUUGAUUCCUAUUUCUCAGACUGUCUGAAAACAUUUAAUGUUAUCCAUAUAAAUGCUCAAAGCAUUCCGGCUCACUUUCCCGAUAUGCUUGCGUCUUUUGAGUCCCGUAAUUUACACGCUAUCCUAGUAUCUGAGUCCUGGCUAAAAACUUGUUUACCCUCAACAUCUUAUUCACUGCCGGGUUUUCGACUUAUCCGCAAUGACCGCGUUGGUAGGGGAGGUGGUGGAGUAGCGAUCUAUCUUCGAUCUUACAUUCCUUUCUCUAUAGUUAGUUCGUCUGCACAACCUCCACUACCCGAUGCGGCUGAACACUUGCUUGUGGAAGUUCUUCUAUCCCACACAAAAAUUCUUCUUGGUGUAUUUUAUUGCCCACCCUCUGUUUCUAAUUACUUUCAUUCUUUUGAAACGUUAUUAGAGAAAGUAGUUCCGUUAUACAGCCAUUCUAUUAUUAUGGGAGAUUUUAACACGUGCCUGCUCAAGGAUGACUUUCGCAGCAAGAAAUUAAUAACUGCAGCGGAAUCUUGUAGUUUGUCUAUCCUGCCCCUUGCAGCUACACAUAACUCUCCUGGUUGUACUCCCUCUCUUCUUGACCUGAUAAUGGUUUCCUCUACGGAUUUCGUCUUCAAGCACGGUCAGUGCCCGGCUGAUGCCUUUUCAUAUCAUGAUUUGAUUUUUCUCUGCUAUACAAUUCGUCCUCCUAAAUCAAAAUCUAGAAUAAUUCUGCAACGUAACUUUGGAGGGAUUGACAAGAGUCGCCUUUGUGAGGAUGCUAGUCGUCUUGAUUGGACUGCUGUCACUGAUGUCGACUCUAUUGAUCAAAAGGUAGAGGUUUUUAACACUCUGAUUACGCAGCUGUAUGACACGCAUGCUCCAGUAAGACCUAUAAAGGUAAAACACCUGCCGGCACCAUGGUUGUCUGAUGAUUUAAAAGUGUCAAUAAAUAGAAAGAACGCCGCUAAAUAUAAAUAUAAAGUUAAUAACUCUGAGAACAACCGUGUCAAAUAUUGUAAAUUACGAAAUCGCUGUAAUACACUGUGUAGAGAUGCUCAACGACGCCACAUUCACAAGUCAGUCGAAAAUUGUGAUACCACUAAAACAUGGAAAUUUCUUGAGUCCCUCGGAGUUGGUAGAUCAUCCAACAAAAAUUCUAUUAAUUUUGAUAUCGAUCUCCUGAAUCAGCAUUUCUCUACUUCUGAUACUAUCGAUAGUGUCAAUAAAGUAAAUACACUUAGACUUCUUUCUUCUACCUCAACUCCAGACUUUCCUCCCUUUAACUUCGUGCCUUUCACCGAAUGUGAUGUUAAGAAGAGCAUAACAUUAAUCGCUUCGAAUGCUGUCGCGAAUUUCCUGAUGCAUGGAAAAAUGCUCAGAUAA